AUGGAUGUGUUGUGUUUGGAUGAGAGUCGUGUGAUACUGAAGGGACGAUCAAAAGACAACGAUUACAUUCACGCUAAUUGGGUGGUAUUACCUUCAUCAAGAAAAUAUAUCUGCACACAAGCGCCCCUCGACGAAACUGCUGAGGAUUUCUGGUUUAUGGUCUACCAGGAGAAAGUGUCCGUUAUAAUUAUGUUAUGCGAUACAAUAGAAGCUGGUGAGGUGAAAUGUAUGGAAUACUAUCCGAUGAAGGUUGGUAAAGAGAUCAAAUGUGGUGAGAUGAAGAUCAAGAAUUUGAAGAAGGACGCGUCGAUUGAUACGAUUGUUUGCUUUACAAUAAGCGUUCAACAGGGGUUCGUUAAUCAUUACAAAUGGCCCGAUUGGCCUGAUCGAGGAGCACCGCCGAAUGCGUCACCAUUAUUGGAGCUGCUAGUCAAGACAAGGGCAAUGUUCAAAUCAGGGCCGGUUGUGGUGCAUUGCUCGGCUGGAAUUGGGCGCACGGGCACGUUUUGUGCGAUUGAUUACGCGACUGAUCGCAUCGAUAAUAAUGCACCGAUUUCUAUUCCUGAUGCCAUCCACUUGAGUAUGCAUGCGCAAUUACAGGUAGUGAAAGCGAUUCGAAAGCAACGUUUGCAUUCAGUGCAAACCACAAUGCAAUAUUUGUAUCUGUACAAUUGUGUUAUCGAGUACGUGAGUACGAAAAAAGCCAUGCAAAAACAAGUGGACGUUCGGAAAUUUCAACGUGAUUAUGAGAAAUAUUUACGGAAGUUCAACGAGAGGAAUGCGAGAGUCAAUUCUUAA